GGCACUUGGAGAAAGUCGGCGCACCGCCGGCAUGGACGGAUCGGCGCCAAAGAGCAAGCUUCUCGAGGCAAAGCAGAGGCGAAAAGACGUGUCGAGCGACGCGACGUUGCUGCAGAAUCGCAUUGCCCUGUUGAAGGCGGAAGAAGCGCGCGCAUGGAAGAAGAUUGAACAGACCAAGAAGCGCGCGAUGGAGCUCGUCAAGUUGCGCCAGGAAAAGGAGAACUACGCUCGCGAGCGCACGGCUCUCAUGACGAAUGCGGAGCGAGAAUUGCAAGCGCAACAACAGAUGAAGCGAGAGCUUGUGCUUGCUUCGGAGAAGAAGGAGAUCGAUCAGCAGAUCCUCGAACAGAAGCGGUCCGAUGCACAGCAACUCAAGGAAGAUAAGCAGAAGUGGCGGCAGUUCACGGAAAACAAGAAGCGCCUCGAGUUGGAGGAAGCCGUGCGUCGUCGAGAGGAUGUGCUCAAGCAAGAAAACCAACUCAAGCGCGCGCGCCAGGUCAAACAGAUGGAAGUCGAGCGCGCCAACAAAGAGCGCGCAGACAGCAUCAUCCGCCGAGAAGAGCAAGCGUGCUUGGACAAAGAACAGGAAGUGCAAGAAAUGGAACGGCUCGAAAUGGAGCUCAUCCAGCGCCUGCGCAACACGCAGCAUCUCCAGAAACAAGCGUACGAAGAGCUCGAGCAAGCUCUCAGUGGCGGCUCGACGUCCAUCAUGCCCCAGGCCAGCGUCUCCACGAGAAGCCAAGUAUAAACAAGAGAUUCUGCUAAAUUCGUGUCGACGGCUGUGCUGCUGUAGUGCAAAGCCCAUCGCAUAGCUUCGCCUUGAACUCUCGACAACGUCAUGCUUCUGACGAACUGCGGCGGGAUCAGCCCGUGGUCGCUCGUCUGGAGCGCGGCACAAUCUGCCAUCGGCAUUUUCAUGCCUUGCCACCUCUCAAUCGGAGUCGAUACAAUCUCCAUCGACGGCAACCGAUACGCACCGGUCGUCGGGCAGCCUCUGUGUAUUAAUUUGACUCGAGUUUCCAC